AAAAGGACUCCUAAGACUCCAAGCGUGCAUGCUGGUGCGUGCACAAGCGUGUCGGUUGCGUCACUAGUAUAGCCGCCAUCUUCUACGAAAUCAAAACGGAGUAAUAUUUAUUUUUGACGAUUUCUAUUAAUUUAUUUUAAAUAAUAAUGACAAGAGUGAUUGUGUUUGGUCAAUGUUUAUUGUUCACAAGAGAAAACUCAAUAAUAACAUCAUAUGAAAAUACUUCUAAAACGUUUGAACAACGUAAUCUAUCUUUUAACGUGCACCGGGAUUACUAAUGUACAAUAACGAUAGACAGGGUCAACGAUGAGUCCCAAUAAAAGAAAGAUAUUUGUGUCAGACUCGUCCGAUGAAGAUGAUAGUUUCAAACGUCGUAGCUCUCUGAGAGUCAACUUGAGUUAUACGGAGAAUCUAACAGAUUCCGGGAAUGGAUCUCUCACGAGGACAAAAAUCGAGAAUAACGAAAGAAGAGCGGCACGAACUAUCAAAGAAAUAUCUAGAGGCAAGAGUUUCUAUGAGAAGAAUCGCCGAUCUAGUUUUGACAGUAAGACAGAAAGUAACACGAACGAGCGUGCUGAUAACAAUAGCGAAUUGUCGGUUCAAAUCAAAGAAGGAAUACAAUUAAAACGUCUUACGAUAAAUCUGGAAGAUAUAAGCACCAAGGAACAUCUCUUGGAAACGAGUUGCAAGCGUUUAAAAGAUGCAAUCAUAUGCAAGACUAAACAAUUAUUUGAUAAAGAAAAUGAGCUUUCCAUAAAAAUCACAAAGGUAUUGGGAGAUAACGAAAAUGAUCUUGCAAGUAGUACACAUAAUCCAAAUAUUGAAAACAAAGUUUUACUGGAUGGGACUGAUUAUCAUCUUAAAAAGCAAACACCUGAGAAAGAUGAACAACAUAUUGAUACUUUAAGCAAUCAGUGCAGGAAAGGUCAAUUUUCCAAUAUUGUUACAACACCAACAACUAGUGACAGACAGAGAAAUCUUGAGAGUACUAUAGAUAAAUCUAGAUUAACUCAGAAACGAUUGUUUGUUGGGAACAGGCAGGUGGAAGAGCAAAUGAAAUGUAGGAUUAUUGAAGAUGUUAUUCUGAAGAAAAAUCAACCAUUAAUUUCUCUUCCAAAACAAUUAAAUGAAAGUGGCAGUCCUAUAUUAAGUGGCAGUAACAGAAGACUAAGCUUAGGUAGAGCACGAUCCAAGUUGCAUUCACAAAACCUUAACAACUCAUAUUCCACUAUACACUCUACUCAGACUACUUCAGAUAUAGGAAUCCCCGUUGGUUGUUCCACUUUCAUUGACGAUGCGAUGAGUGAAAAAGAAAUUGAUGAUGUAGACACAUCUCGUGCCACAUGUACAACGAAUAAUGUAGUAUCUAUGGAGAUGACAGAAAUUUAUGGUGGUAUUUGUAUGAGUAGCAAACAUGCAUCUCUACGAAAUAGGAAUUCAAAUACGAUUAAAUGUAACAAAAACGAUACAAAAAUGAAAUCCAAAGAAGAAAGUAUGGAGCGAAAUAGAAACGCGGUUUCGUCGAAAUUAAAAGAUGUUGAGCAUUCUAAAAAUAAAGUUACUGUACAAAAUGAUAUACAUUCUAAUUUGUUCUGCACAGACGAUGCAAAUGAUCAAGACAAGGAAAGUGUCUACAUGGAUACAGCUGUACCUAUGCAGGUAUCUAUUGAACAAGUAGCAGUUGUUACAAAGACACAUGAUGUACCGCAGCUGCGCAAGAGCGACAGUAAAGCUAAAUAUCAAAAUGACAGAUGCCAUAUGGUAUCUUUAUCUGAUAGCAAUGAUACGAUUCGGUCAUCUUUAAAUGUAAAUACAUCAUUAGAUGGAAUGACUGAAGCUAACAAAACAAGGAACAUUUGGAAACCAAGCAAUCACAGAAUACAUGAUGCCAAUCAAGAUUUUGAAGCAAUUAGUAAUAAAAAAUUAAAUAUUUCAAAUGAACGCGAAAGCGUAAAUACCGUUCGAACAUCACUGCAAGUAAAUACAUCGGUAGAUUCUAUGCACAAAACAUGGCAAGAAAGAAGUAAUAAGGAUGGAAAUCAUUCAUGUAUGGACAUGGAAUAUACAUCCACAACAGAAAAUAAAGAAACGAUUGACGUAGACUCUUUAGAAAACAUGAGUUUAAUUGAUAGAUUAAGAAAUAUCUCUGUGAGAAAUCAGAUUUCUUAUAACGAUAAAUCGAGAGUUUCUAAAAUAAGAGAUGAAGAUAAAAGGCGGUCGAGUAACAGUGGAGAUAGCUGCGGUUACGUCGAAGCAACUCCGUAUCCGAUAAGUCGUUCGAUUUUGUUUAGAUCACAAUUAAAAUCUAAAACACAACAUUUGGAUGAUGCGGCAACAUGUAGCAGCAAUUUAAAUUCAAUAGAUAAUGAAGAGAACAACGAUAAAACUAGGGCAAUUGCUUUGCAUUCCAAAGUUUCAAAUGAAACACAUGGGUUGAAUAAAGGAACUGGAACUCAAGAAACAAUAGCUGAUACAGUUACUUUGGAAGAUACAUCUAGUUGUAAUCCUUUUGUUACUCAAAAUCAAUUGACGGUCAUGGAAGAUAAGAUCAAUAGAACAAAAUCUGAAACAGAUGGGAAGAAUAUAGCUGUACAAAACAUAGAACAAGUUUUAGUGAGAAAGGGCAGAAGAAAAUUAUUGCCACUUAAUGAAACUUCUCAAUUGUGUUCGCUUACUCCGAUAGAGGACAAAAAGAUAACACCUGAGGAAUCGUUUGUAAAACGAAACAAAAGGUUGAAGAAGAAGCUUCCGAAAAGAAAGUUAAUGCAUCCCAAGGCUAAUACGAGUAGUAUCAAGUGCGAUACCGCAAGCAAACAAAUGAGUUCAGAUAGUUCAGAUAGCGAUAUUUUUAUAUUUGAAAAUAAGAAAAAGGAGAAGAAUAAGAAGACGCGAAAACCGAAAAAGGUUAUCAGCAAAAAAAUCGUCAUCAAGAAAUUUGCAGACGAAAACGUGUUGAAUAUGUUACAAGAGAAUAAACAGAAUGAGGAAGAUCAUCCAGCACAAAGCAGAGAUUCUUUUGAUGAUUUUGUAGAAUGUCGCACAAUAUCUACUCAAUGGAAUAAAUACAAGUCCCAAAAAAUUGUCAUUGUAACAACUGGUUUAUCAAAAGGGGAUGAAAGCUUAGUAAAGAGUAUUGUUAAAUCUCUUGGAAAGGCAGAAAUGGAAUUGAAUGUGUCAAAGCGAACGACUCACGUUGUGAGUUCGGGCGUACGCACGGUGAAUCUUUUGCGCGGAAUAAUAAGGGGUUGUUGGCUUGUACCUUUAGAAUGGAUUCUAAAAUCUUUGGAGAACAACAAAUGGUUGGAUCCAGAGGCAUUUGAGAUGAAACAUUUCUCUAAAGCCGUGCAGGAAAAUCGGAAGGAUAGGCAAUUAUUUGGAUUUUCUUAUAUCCCAGAAUUGUUUACCACAUGUGGAUUCAUACAUGUUGAACACCAAACUACAAUGCCGUGCGCUACGCUUAAGGAACUUAUAAAGACAGCGGGCGGACACAUUACCGAGAAUAUGAAGCUCGCAAAGAUUAUUAUCGGCGCGAAUGGCCUAAAGGAAACCUGGGUUAUAGAUUCCAUUACAACGGGUGAACUACAAUUGACGAAGCUUUAUCAACGGAAUUGAAAUGGACGAGUGGAAAGUACAGCUCGUCUAAAUUACAUAUAAAAUUUAAGACUUAUACAUGAUCAUUACAAUGCAAAACAUUUAUACAAAAUAUUUUUUUGCCCAAUAGUUUAUGAGAUCAUGUAGAAAAUAUUUAUUUUUUUUAUAUAUAAUGCCUAAUAUUAUUCAUAUGUACGAUAUUAUCAAGGAAAAAAAUUAUGUUACGUUAUAAUUUAUUUAUAUAUCUAAUUAUACGAAGAGUAUUUAAUUUCUCUAAAAAAAUUAUAUAAAACGAGAUAUUUCAGAUUUACAAGCAAAAA